UACCGUUUUAAUCCUAUUAAUUAAAACGUUAACCUGAUUGGGUAGAGAGCUCUGUCCCAAUAGGCGAGUCUUCUUCAUAUUAAUAGCCCGCCUUGAGAUAAUGAUGUAAAAGGCUCCCCCUUCAGCGGCUGAUGCUGAUGGCUGUCGAGAUCUCUGGAAGGUGAAUCGGAGCAGGAUAGGCGCCACAGCACAGAGCUGAGCACUUCAAAAGGAGCUGUCGCCACUACACAUCAUUUGACAAGUAGCGCAGACGUUGACAUCAACUGAGCUACACAAAGGGGACAAAGUUACUGCCGGGGACAGACGCCCAACGGUCUCAGCCGAGCUGUCUAAGUGAGACUAUGGACAGGAGAAUGAACUUGAGCGGUCCGGGAGACAUUUUUCACAAAACUCUGAGCGCUGUCUCUAGCAAAAAGAUGGACUCUUUCAGACCAGGCGCGGGAAUCGAUCUGCCUUCGAGGGACCGCCAGUCGCCAAUCAGCUGUUUCGAUCCGUCUGACUCAGACCCGAAUCAAAACGGCGGACUGACAGGAGGACGAAGGCUGACACUGACACAUGGUCUUCCGACCGGAUCUUUGUGUAUGAAAUUCGGCGAGAGUGCCAACCGGACUACGGCAGCGGAGAGCAGCGGUGGGGAACAGAGUCCUGACGAUGACAGCGACGAAAGGUGCGACAUGAUGCUCUUGGCAGAUGGACUGACAGGGGUGCCCGGUUCUAAGUCUGAAGGAGGUAAGAAAAACAAAGAACAGAAAACCCUGAGACUAAACAUCAACGCCCGGGAGAGACGGAGGAUGCACGAUCUGAAUGAUGCGCUCGAUGAACUGCGAGCGGUCAUUCCCUACGCGCACAGCCCUUCCGUGCGGAAACUCUCCAAAAUUGCCACUUUGCUACUAGCCAAAAAUUACAUCCUCAUGCAAGCGCAGGCACUGGAAGAAAUGAGAAGGCUUGUAGCUUAUCUUAACCAAGGCCAGGCGAUCUCUGCUGCUACGAUCCCCGCGACCACUGCCCUAACGCCGGGCUUAAGUGCGUAUGAGCAACCACCUGGGUUCCAUCCCUUCCCCGCCGGAGUUGCAGCCUCCUCUUGCCCCGACAAAUGUGCCCUUUUCAACAAUGUCACCUCCAGCCUCUGUAAACAAUGCACUGACAAGCCUUAGAAUGCUUCUGAACGACUGACUCCUACUUAGAAGCACAUGCGAAAUUAAGACGUACUAAUAUGGAGACUGCUGAAGAGAAUGCCGUCGGUAUUAUCCAUUAUUUAAAAAUGGAGGUCAAUGAAGAAGAAUGCUGAAAAAGAAAAAAACUUU